AAUUACUUCAUAACACAAUUAGUAAUAAUUAUAUUAUUAUUAAUCAUGUAAUAUAGAACAAAAAUAUGCUUAUGGUGAACAACCAACAAAUUUAAUACAUGAAUUAAAAUAUACUAGAACGUUAUCUGAAGUAUUCAAAGGGGCUGAGGUAUUUUUAGGGUUAUCUGUAUUUCAGGAAGUAGAGCAAAAGUAUGGCCAGUGCAGCUAAUAAUAAGACUCCAUGUGCUUACUGUAAAAAGGAAACUCAAACUCUGUUCAAGUUAACAGAUAUACCCGAUUUAAGACCUGCAUUUACGAGGUUGAAGGAUCAUGCAGCUGUUUGCUCUAUUUGUGUGAAAAAAGCUAAAAUUAUUGUAUAUAAGAUCCCAAAACGCAUUGUGUAUGGAGAAAAUUAUAAGAAAUUAUCUUCAAUGAAAAACAAUUGUAUGAAAGACGAUUGCAAAAGUAAUGAGAUAAAUAUAGAGAAAACUAAUGUGGGUAAAAAUGAAAGUUAUACUAAUCAAAAUUAUAUCAAUGAAGCAACACAAUUGGGUCUUGAUAAAGCUAAAGAAGUUACUGUUCAAAACAAUUAUCAGGAAAAAAUUGCAAUGGCAACAGCAACUACUAAAGAUGUAAAUCGACAUCAUGAAAAAAGUGAAACAAACAAUAAUGGUCAAAAAAGAAAAAUUGAAGUUACACAAGUAGAUAUCAAUAUUCAAAAUGUAUGUAGCUCUAAUAAUAUCAAGAAAUUUUCUAAUCUAAAUCAAAUUACUUCAAAUAUAAAAAAGCAGUGUUCAAUAAAAUUACCUUGUAGUCAAAAUGUUAUGUUAUCAAAGUCUAAAAAGAACAGAAGUAGUAUAUGUAAACGAAAAUGUACUAAAUCAUAUAAUAAUGAUUCUCGGCAUUCAAAAGCUGAUUUUUCCAAAUUUAAUGAAAUAAAUGAAUGUGUCCCAAAUUCUCACCCUGAAGAAUUCAUAGAAAAUAUUUCAUCUGAUAUAGAAAAUGAAACCAAUGAUAUUAUUACAGAAACAUUAACUAAUGAAGAUAGAUUUAAAGAAUUUGAAAGUCAAGAAGUACAAAUAAUGUCAAAAUGUGAUGAAAUUAUUAAUAAUAUUCCGAUUGAAAGAGAUAAAAGAGAGCUACCAGUAAUGACUAAAAUAUGUUCUCCAAAUAAUACAAUUGCUAGAGCUUUUAAUGAAACUCUAAAUAUAAAUGAUAUAGAAAGUAUUAUUGAAAAUAACAAAAAUAUUGAAGCAAAUAAUCAGAACAACGCUUCAUUAAAUAAAAAUAUGCCAGAAGAUGAAUAUGUCCACAGCAACAUUCACAUGAAAAAUGUUGCCUCAAUACCAAUGACUGAACAUUUAUCUUCAGCAGUAAAUAUCAGUUUAACUUAUAAAGAUAUUGUAACAAAAAUUUUACAAAACUCAAAAAAACAUAGCUUCAGCAAUAGGAUGAUAAAUUACAAAUUUGAUAUUAUGCACAAAGAAAGUAUGCAAGACAAGAAUUUUGUUACUAAGAAAGGUGCGCUGCCUGAAAUCAAUUUUAAAAGAGUAUCCUGGUCUGUUGAAUGUGAUGCUGAUUUUGAUUUUGGCAAACCUCAUAAAUGCUUUAAAAGUUCCAAUUCAUUUGCACAUCCUGUUUGUAUUCACGAUAAAUGCCAGAAUGGUUCAUUAAUUUUGAACUUUUCUUCAACUUUGAAAACAGCUCAUUUGCAAAUUGAAUUAAAUGGUCAUGAGGCACAUUGUGUUAUACUAGGAUUACAUGAAAAUUAUUGGCAUGAUGUUUGUUAUUUAGUUUAUAGUCUUGGGAACUACUGCUAUAUCAAUAAUGGGAAAUUGAGAAGAGAACAUAAUUUGUUACAAACACAACUAUUAGAUUUGCUUAUUAAGACUACACCAAAGUUUAAUAAUUUAAUGUUGUUAUAUCAAAAGAUUAAAGGUGAUAAACAAGUGAAUUUAAAAAGUAUUGAUGCAUUUGAAAGUAUUGAUAUAAAUAUAGAAAAUAAUUUAUCAAAUGCCAAGUGUGGUUUAGCUCCCAAGACUGCACAAUUUUUCAAAGAAGCUGCGCGACUGCACUGUCAAAUACAAUACUUCAAACAAAGAAUUAUUGAACUUUCUUCCCAAAUUGGUCUUUUAGAAGCUGAUGUACUUUGUAUACCAGAUUCUUCUCAUGAAAUUUGUUUGAAUAUGAUUGAAAAUAUCAAAGCAAAAAAAUUCCUGCUGGCGGAUUAUAGAAAUAAAUAUGCUGAGUUGAAAAAAUAUGAAAAUAAUUUAAGGCAUAAUUAAUUACAUAAUUUCAACACUAAUUCUAUCAAC